GGCAGGCGGGAAAAAGGAGCAUCGGGAGGGGCUUGAGAAAGGGGGGGGCGUCGCUGGACUAACUCCUCCCGCCCUGCUCUUUCUGUUGCAGGAAAAGACAUCGGAAGAGCGAGCAAGGGAGGCGGAGGGGCAGAAGAGAGGACAAAGGGGUAAAGAUGCAGUGAUUGGGGAGGGGGGAGGAAAGGACAGAGACCCCUCCAUAUCUCCCCACCUUCCCCCAAAGCGCCUUUACUGGGGCCCAUCAGGAGGGUCUGGAUCCAUGCAAUCCCGCUGCGAAGUGGGGACCCAAGACCUGCAGGACUUGCAUGGCUCGAUCUCCUUUGGAGCCCCUCCCCCACAAAAGAUCUCUCUCUCUCUCUCUCUCUCUCUCUCUCUAGCACUAUGGGACAUUCACAAGGGCGGGGGUGCAGGGCUCCUUUCUACAGAGGAAGCCCCUGCUGGGAUUCCGUGGCGCCUUCUCCUUGGAAGCACCCGCGCCACGCGCAUUUGGGGGCGAGGGGUGAGCGGAGCCAAGGGGGGUUUCUGGGCGCAGGGGCGUCUCAGGGACGGAGGGAGGAGGGCAGAGGAAGCUUGGAGGCUGGGGGAUCAAUGGAAGCAUUCGUGGCGGGGGAGGGGGGAAUCCUGUGGGCGGGGGGGAGAGAGUGAGGGAGAGACCCGUCGCCUUUUGGAAGAGAUGUCUCCAUCUUGGGCGCUGGCGGGGGAAUCUCCGGAGGGGCGGCCUUGGCUUUUCCCUUCCUGGCAAGAAAUCUGCCUUGGAGAGAGGGACAGGGAGGGAUCCUUGAAGAACGGGGGGGUCCCAUUUCCCCACCCAGUUCUUUCCAGGAUGCUUCUUUCCAGCCACUGGAGAGAAAAGGCAGGUAGAUCCUGGGAGGAACCCCCUCCCUUAAGUUACCGGAAACUUCCUCCCUCGCUCAGGCUUCGAGUUUAUUGCAGGAGGGAGGUCCCGUGUGGGUGGUCCUGGCCCACCUGUGUGCUGGCAGGAGGUCCAAAUUUCAAGAGGGUAGGCCUGGUGGGAAAGCAACCCCCUGGCCAGGUCAGCUGCAUCAGAGCUCCAGGGAGGGCAGAAGAGGAAAGGCAUGAACGCCGUUUCGGAAGGGAUCUUCCUUUCUUCUUCCCUUUCUCCUCCUUUGUCUCCUGUCUCCGCUUUCCUCUCUUCUCUUCCUGCGGCCUUUUCACUCUCUGAGGAGGGGGAGACCAUCAGAUUCAGAGAAACAAGGGUUGUCCUGGGGGUUGGGACUCCCCCACCCAAAUGUCCAGAAUCCUCCUGUGUCUCCUUCCCCUCCUUCUCCCUUCUCUUACUCUUCCUCCCUUACCUGGGUUUUCUUCUCUUCUUUACCUGGACUACCUUACAGGGACCUUUAGGAAGUUCUCCAGAGUAACUGUGGGACCACUGAGUUCCUUUAUCCAAAGAAGUUGUCUUCCUUUUUAUUCCUGUUCUGUUUAUUUCUUGCUAUACAGUUACCUGCUUAAGCGCAAAUUGAGCUGGUGAAAAGGGUUGUCUGCCCAUCUCGAAAGUUUGACUUCCUUCCUGGGGAGAGGGGGGUGUUGACACCCCACAAAGUACCCCCAUCCUCAAUGCAGAGAAGGAACCUAUCACGGUCAGUACCAAUGUUCACUUUCCACUGCACGACUGAUGCUGUUGAACACCAGUCCAAAAAUAUGGGCGGAGGGUGCUGUGGAAAUGCUUCCAGGGUUUACUGAUAUAUUGAAAGCAUCUUGAUUACUUCUUAUUUUUGGAGGAGUGAGUUACAAGCUGCGAUACAAUGUAUCAGCAUCAAAAGAUAUGGGUGUAUGCACUUUCUCAGUCUGGUGGGCUUCAAGGGUAAAGGACCCAAGAUCAUGAUAGACAAUGCCCAUUGCUGUAAGGUUUACAUGUAGGUACAUGAAUAACAAUAAUAAUAAUAAUAAUAAUAAUAAUUCAUUAAAUGCCUCCCAUCUGACUGGAUUGCAGGACAAGGAUUGCCUGCACAGUGGUGGCUUGGUUUACCACCAUAAGCCGUUCCGGAGCUCCGUUUGUAAACCAAAACAGGUUGUAACACAAGGUGCAUUUUCGCCAAUGGGGCCUCCAAAAUUUUUGGGGUUGUAAUCCCAAAAAAGUUUGCAAACCGGGACACGCACUUCCGGGUUUGACGUGUUUGUAAUCCAAACUGUUUGCAAACCAAGGUACCACUUGUAUUACAAGUAAGGUGUGUCAAAUUCUAGAUACAGUUAGAUAGCCGUAUUGGGCUGCCAGAGUUAAAACAAAAUUUAAAAAAUGCUUCCAGUAGCACCUUAGAGUUCAACUAAGUUUGUUCUUGGUAUGAGCUUUCAUGUGCAUGCACACUGUGUAUCUGAAGAAGUGUGCAUGCACACAAAAGCUCAUAUCAGUAACAAACCUAGUUGGUUUCUAAGGUGCUACUGGAAGGAAUUUUUUUAUUGUUUGUCAACUUGUCAAUCCUGCAAACUGUGAAACAUAGUAAAUUGGUGGGAUUAUAGUUUAUAGGAAUCCUGGAAUUUUGAGCUUUCUUGUCUACAUCAUCGGACUGGUGCCCACAAAAACCAAAGCCCAUUAGCCUUUAAUGGGCCACUAGAUACUUUGUUAGCUCUGCUUCUAAAGAUGAAUAUUUUUGAAUACUUUUAACAAGCACAUAGGACAUCAAUAACACUUCUGUUUUAUUUAUUCCAGUUAGGAGAGACUCUGGUACAGCAGUCUGACAUCAGCUGCAUUGAAACAGAAAAUCGCGGAGGCGUGUCCUGGAGAAAUUGAGAGGUCUGUACUUCCACUUUUCUGUGAGACUGUAUCUUUGUGUGUUUCCUUUCAGCGUGUGGGAACAUAGAAAGAGCCCUUCCAGGUCAGUAGGAUAUUAAGGAAUUGUGGUAUUCUGCUCAUAAUUCACUGACUACUUGGGUCCAAUAUCACUUCGCCAAACUGGCCUCUCCGCAGAGUUCACACAAACAGCAGCAUUCAGAGCAUAGGAAAGCAAAGCACGCAGAAGAGCUAUAAAUCCACAUGACAUUCCAGACUUCAAGUGGAAUGGCUUAGUCCUGGCCAAUCACAUCUGAAUGGUUGCAAAUAAGCCCAGAGUCCAUAAACAGGCACCAGAGCCCUUGUGAAGGCAAUCCUUAGAGAGAAUCUUUCACUCUCCGUCCUGAAAAAGGCACAAUCCAGAUGGAACGUGCGAGUGAGCAAGCCACAGUCCACAGAAUCUCCUCUGAAAUUCAGUUCCACACCUUCCCAUUUCCAGGAAAACUGUGCAGGUCAAAUGACUUCAUUUCUUUGACCUUGCAGGUGGUGGGCAACUCCCCAAAACUCUCCUUAUUCAGAUAAUGAACAAAGAUAGCGGUCUUUUGAGAUCCACUGGCCCAGUUUUUACACUAAUUCCGAACACAGAAUGGCCCCUCUUUUCCAGCAUCCUGUUCUCAGAGUGACCAGCUGUGAUGACUUGUGAAUGCUCUUUGCAAGAAAUGCCUCUGCUCACUCAGAGAUACAUAUAUACAGUCUUUAUUUUACAUAUGUACAAGCAGCACGUUACAAUCAGGCAUCCGAAUCCUCCGGCUCAGAUUCUGGGAGUGACUUAUGCCUGCCCCUCUCCAACAGAAAAGGCGGGGAAGUUUCCCGUGAUGCUUCCGUUCCCUCCUCUUUAACACUCUCCUUUCUUUGGCAGACGGAAUAGGCAUUGUUUCACUGUCUGUGCCAGAACUUCCGGUACGGUGUUGAGGCUCUGGUUCAACAUCUGUGAGCCGUUCCACCUCCUGGCUUUCCCUUCUUUCCUCAGUCUCUACUUCCUGCCCCCUUCCUACCUGUCUCUGCUCCUCCCCUUCAUUCUCUGGCAAUACCAUGACACCAGCCAAGGAGAAACUCACCAGCAGGGCCUGAGGGCAAAAGCUCCCUUCCCAGCCGUGAUUCCCAUCUCCUGGGAUUCAGAUGAAUAAUACCUCUGAAGGUGGAAGGAGAAGAAUGCUGGUUGUUGGGAACUAACUGACUGAAAUAAUUUCAGUUAUAGAAAAUAAAGUGAGAACAGAUAAAAGAGAGAGAAGAGAAAAAAGUUUAAAUAAUACCAUAAUAUUAAAUAUUCUCAUACUGUACAUAUGUUUAUUAGAUAUCUACUAUAUUCUCUAUGAACUUAUUCCACAUGUCAUUCUGUUUAUCUGAACAAAGUCUACGUCUAUAAGCAAUCCAUUCAAGCGUUGUGUUGUCAUAUCAUCAAUCGAUCUGAAGGCAGCUCUGUUUAGGGAAUUUUUCGAUGUUUGAUGUUAUUAUUAUUAUUAUUAUUAAUGAUUUUUAACAUAAACUUUCCAAACAAAACAUCCAUCUUAUCAUCUCUUACACAUCUUGGCUAUUUUUAGCCAGUGACUUACAUCAUUCCCUUCUAAUGAUUUCACCCUAUCUCUCUCUUCUGUUUACAUUUUGUGUCUUUACUACUGUUUAUAUAAUCAAAAUGUUAACAUCCUAUCUUUUAACCUUGAUUAACAAUAUUUCUUAUCUCCAUUUUUCACAAGACUUCUUGUUAUCCUACAAGCGUAUUCAACUGAAUACCAUUGUCCUACAAAUAAUUCACAAAUUUACUCCAGUCCUUCAGGAAUUUUUGGUCCCGCUGUUCUCCAAUUCUCCCGGUCAUCUUAGCUAAUACUCUGUACUCCAUCAAUUGACUGAAAGAAAAAUAACAUUUUUGAUAGCACAAAAUCAUUUUUAUAACUGAUAUCCUUCCCCAAAGUGAUAAUUUCAUCCUUCCCCACACUUCCAAAUCUCUCUUAAUCUUAUUCCAUACCUGGUUGUGGUUGUCUUGAUAUCAAUUUAUAUUUUGGGGGGUUAACAAUAUUCUUAGGUAUUUCACUUUCUUUACCACCCCUAUUUCUGUUUGUUGUUGCAAAUGGUCCACCAUCUUUUUGUUCAAAUUUUUAACAAACUUUUUAUUUUUAUUUACUUGUCUAAACUAUUCACUUUUUUCUAGUACUUCCUUCGAACUUGUUAUUGGUUCAAUUGUUAUUACUAAGUCAUCCAUAAAGGCUUUUACUUUAUAUUCUUUCCUUCUGACUGAUAUUCCUUUAAUUCCUUCUGCUAGCCUUUAAUUCAGGAGAAUUCCAGAAGCGAUAUGAAUAACAACGGUGAUAGUGGACACCCUUGUCUUGUCCCUUUUGUAAUUUCAAUAUUUUCUGUUAAUACAUUAUCCACAAUAGGUUUUGCCUUUUGACUUGAAUAUACUGCUUUUAAACUGCUCAUAAACAAUUGACCCAUUUCCAUCAUUUCUAAGUUUUUAAUCAUAAAUUCCCAAAUAUAUUAUCAAAGGCCUUCUCAGCUUCCACAAAUAUUAUGGCUGCCUGCUUUUCAUUCAUGGCCGUCAAGUAUUCAUCCAGUCCUAGUGCUUUUCCUGAUUUUAAGUCUUUUCUUGCUCUCGAAAUUUCUUUCCCUUCUAUUAAUUCAUUCAGUCUGUCCUUUUCUGUGGGAUUUGUUGCAAUCCAUUCUUCUUUAAAAAUUCUUCUAUUUUGACUAUGUUCUCUUUUCCACCUUUUUUAUACAAUUGUCGGUAGAAGUUUACAAAUCAUUUUCUUAUUUCUUUCGGAUUCUCUAGUUCUUUCUCUCCAAUUUUCAUUUUAUUAAUUGUCUUUUGAGAUUUUCUUUUGUUUAUCUGCCAUGCUAGCCAUUUUCCUGGUUUAUUUGCCUAUUCAAAGUUCUUUUGUUUCAUCAUUUUAAUUUUCCAUUCUACUUCCUGAUUCACAAUUGUUGAAAAUUGACUUUGUAAUAUCUUAAUAUUUUGAUUAAUCGUGAUAUCAUUUGGCUUUUUAGCUAGCUUUUUUCAUUUUCCGUUAUCUCAUUUAAAAUUUCCAUCUUUUUCUUUUCUCUGAAUCUUCUAUAUAUUCUAUUCUGUUGAAUAAAGAAUCCUCUCAUGACUGCCUUGCCUGCAUCCCAUCCUUAUGGCGCAGCUGGCCUCAAAAUAAUCCUUUUUUGAGUGUUUUGAGGGGGCUGCGGCACCCUUGCAGACUCCCCCUUUGUCUCGCAAGGAGCUGAACUCCCCCUAAGGGCUGAGUCCCGUCUCUUCUCAGCUCUGUGGACCAACCGGAAAUCAAUGUGUGCUGUUUUAUCAUGUUUUUAAUAUUUUGUUUGGUGCUGCCCAGAGGACUGGGGAAACCCAGCCGGAUGGCCGGGGUUUGAAUAAUAUAAAUUAUUAUUAUUAUUAUUAAUAAUAAUAUUAAUUAAUUAAUUAAUUAAUUAAUGGGGGACAUAUCUUUAUUCCUCUAAUUUAUCAGUAUCAGUCUUUUGGCCACAUUUAGGAAAUGCAUAAUCCGCUUCUGUAAUCCAAUUGACAGUUUACAUGAAAUUGGUAUAUUAUUCCAAAGGAUAUUUUCCUCUGAAAGUCUUCCCAUUAGAAUUCAGCUUUUUCAGUGUCACACAUAUUUGCUUAGCCACCCACCCAAAAGGAGAAAGGAAAGUGAGAGAGUCCUGGACAGAUAAUUUCCACAAGGAUAGUUGUAUAUCACAAGACGGGCAUGAGAUCAGGUGGUCCAUUCCCUGGCCAUACUUCCUCAGGGAGACAUAGAGAAGAGAGGGGAGAAUCUAGGAGAUGCUUUUUUAAAAAAAAGACGGUGGUGUUAAUUAGGCUCACUUUGUGUUAAGUUCCUUUUCCCUCUUCUGUGAAACCCUAAAAUGGUUUUCUUUCCCCCCAAAGGAGAAGGCGAUCCAAAUUCUGAGGAGACAUCUUCAAUUUCAUUGAGAAUAAUGAAGGCAAAGUUAAAAUGUACAUAAUGUUCUUCUGUCAGUGUGCACACUGAGUUUACCAUCAUGAACUCAACAGAAGAGAAACCAUCUAAAGCUAUGCAGUGCAAAAAGAGCUUGAACUGGAGCAAAACUCAUAGGAAACAUCAACAAACUCCCAAGGGAGAGAAACCAAUUAAAUGCAUGGAGUGUGGAAAGAGCUUCAGUCAGCGUGGAGCACUUAGAAUCCAUCAAAGAAUUCACACAAGGGAGAAACCAUUUAAAUGUAUUGAGUGUGGAAAGAGCUUCAGUCAAAGUGGGGACCUUAGAACACAUCAGCGAAUUCACACGGGAGAGAAACCAUUUAAAUGUAUUGAGUGUGGAAAGAGCUUCAGUCAAAGUGGACAGCUUAGGACACAUCAGCGAAUUCACACUGGAGAAAAACCAUUUAAAUGUAUGGAAUGUGGAAAGAGCUUUGGUCGUAGGGACGCCCUUACAAUACAUCAGCGAACUCACACAGGGAUGAAACCAUUUAAAUGUAUGGAAUGUGGAAAGAACUUCAGUCAAAGUGCAAACCUUAGUAAACAUCAGAAAACACACACAGGGGAGAAACCAUUCCACUGUAUGGAGUGUGGAAAGAGCUUCCAUCAAAGUGGGGCCCUUCAAAUACAUCAGCAAACUCACACAGGGAAGAAACCAUUUAAAUGUAUGGAAUGUGGGAAGAGCUUCAGUCAAAGUGGAUACCUCAGAACACAUCAGAAAACUCACACAGGGGAGAAAUCAUUUAAAUGUAUGGAGUGUGGAAAGAGCUUCAGUCAAAGUGGAUACCUUAGGCUGCACCAAAGAACUCACACAGGGGAGAACCCAUAUAACUGUAAAGAGUGUGGAAAGAGCUUCAGUCAAAGUGGAAAUUAUAAAAGCCACCAAAGAACUCACACAGGGGAGAAGCCAUUUAAAUGUAUGGAAUGUGGAAAGAGUUUUCGUCAUAGUGUAACCUUUAGAAUACAUCAGCGAACUCACACAGGGGAGAAACCAUAUAAAUGUAUGGAGUGUGGAAAGAGCUUCACUUCAACCAAAAACCUUAGACUGCACCAAAGAACUCACACAGGGGAGAACCCAUAUAACUGUAUAGAGUGUGGAAAGAGCUUCAGUCAAAGUGGAAAUUAUAAAAGCCACCAAAGAACUCACACAGGGGAGAAACCAUUUAAAUGUAUGGAGUGUGGAAAGAGCUUCCGUAAUGGUGGAACCCUUAGAAGCCAUCUACAGACUCACACAAAGGAGAAACCAUUUAAAUGUAUGGAAUGUGGAAAAAGCUUUAGUCAAAGUGGAAACUUUAAGAGACAUCGGCGAACUCACACCAGAGAAUAACCAUUUAAAUGUAAGGAGUGUGGAAUGAGCCUCGGUCAAAGCAGACAUGCUAAAGACACCAGAGAACAUUCACACCGGGGGGGAAGCAUUUAAAUGUGAGGAUUGUGUGUGCAAAGAGCUUUACUGAUUGUGGAGCACAUAGAAAACAUCAACAGCCAUACACCAGCAAGAAAUCAUUUAAAUAUAUGGAAUGUGGAAAGAGCUUCAGUCAGUGUGGAAGGAGCUUCAGUUGGAGUGCAGAUCUUAAUAUACAUCAGCCAUUAGAUGCAUAGAGUAUAUUCGAAGUUCUUGUUAUGUUUGAUCCGCUCCGGCCCAUCUGGAGCUGAUACAGCAGAGUGUAAUCUCUUAGUCCGCAACAAAAGGAUAAGCAGGUAUUGUGCUACAUGCUAAUUUUUAUUUCUAUACCGAGAACACACAAACGUACAUCUUGCCUCUGUGAGAGCAGAGAGCAACACUGUCACCGGAGACCCCCCCUUCAUUACAUCGUAAUGCACAAGCACCACACACACCUCCCACCUCCCCGAACUGGGAGAUGCCCCUUCUAGAGGGGCAUCACCCCAACGAACGAUAGCCUUCCGUAAAUAAGGAAGCGCUGAUUUCCCAUAGAACUCCUUUAUUUUCUUACAACGUCCCACUUCGCCCUAUCUUUAUCAUGAGUAGACCGGCCGCCUGAACUCCGGGUCAGUCGGCUGCCGUUUCAGCCAAUCAGCGUUACCGAACAGCGCCUCUUAUGGCGGCCACGCUGGUACUGCAGGCAGCAGGCUCUCGCUUCUCUGUCUUUGACAGCCUCCUAAUACAAAGUUUCCGAGUUCAAUUGACCGUGACUGAUUUAAUCAAAAUGUUGCAACCGUUCCUGAAAAGUGAAAGUGCUUUGAACUUCAACAACAGUAUUCUUCAUAAAUUCACCAUAAAUCAACCAUAUAUCGGAUUUUCACCGGACCACUUUUAUUCUACUCCAUAUCACAAGGACUGUCAAAGGGGGUGGUUUGAUGCCAGUCAGCCAUAAUCCCUUGACCGAGCAGGCACGUACUCUGCAGCCCUUCCCCAGUUGACACAGCAACCUUGAUAGUCAUCUUGAUGGGCUCAGACGAAGGACUAUCAAAGACACAAUGAACUGCAUACACUAGUGUAUUCAACAAGGACUAUGACAAAGGGAUUGUGACCGGAUUCCCCUCGGGGGCAGGAAACUGCGCCUUUCCCUUUGUUUUCUGAAAAAGACUUAUGGGGAGGAAGGGAUGGGGCUCCCGCCAGGUGUCGGGAUACUCGGAUUACCUGUGCGACCCCUCCCCUGACUCCUGUUCUUAAUGUAGUCAUGAUGUAAAUAUGAUGUAUUUCCAGGGGUGUAACUUAGGGGAUUAGGAGCUAAUAAAAGUUGGGGUCUUCUUUUGUUCUGGGCUUCCAUCUUGCUUCACCUCGUGGGCGGUGGGAGUCCUGUCGUGACAGUCUUUUCUUCAAUAAAGACCAAGCCUACAGGUUGCUGAUUUGCUUCCAAUUUGCUCUGGUUGGUGUCUUUGUUUUUGUCCAAGGGAGCCCUCGGAUUUUCCGGUAACAACUCUCAACAAAGAAACAGAACAAAGAAACAGGAAACCAGUGUAUGUCACAUCCAGUCUCCCUUUCCUGUGGGAAUCCAACAGUAACUUGAACUGUGGAAUGUAAACACUGUCUUGUGACAUGCAUUUGCUGCUCAGUGAGGGAAAUAGAAACCAACAUCCUCCCCCUUUCUGUGAACAUCACUGGGCAGCGUGUUCGUACAAUAUCAGUACAAACCCAACUUUUGUACAUAGGUACAGUGUUGAUCCCUUGGAACAAUCUUGGACAAUACAUCAGCAGGAAUUUCAUUACCUGGCAUAUAGGACACCGUUACGAGUCCCUUCUGUACACAUUCCCUAGCAUGUUGCAACUUCAAUUGUAAGUGCUUCGUGCUUUGCUUACAACCUUCAGAAUUCAGCAAAGCCAAACAUGCUUUGUUGUCCUGGUAAACCUGGAUUGGACAUUUGACAGGAAUUUUCAUGUCUUUGCACAAUUGUAACAACCAUUCACAAUCCUUAAGUGAAUAAGACAGUGCAUUCAGUUCAGCUUCACAAGUGCUUAAACUAACUGUUGUCUGCUUCUUGCAUGACCAAUCAAAUAGACCGAUUGUACAUGUAGCAAACUCCAGACGUACUUUUCCUGUCUGUAGUGUCACUUCCAAAACUUGCAUCUGCAAAUAUCUCAAGACCACCAGACUUCUGAUUGUUAAACCUGUCUGUAAUGCAUAGUGCCUUUCAAAUAGCGAGCUAUGCGUUUCAGAGCUUUCCAAUCCUUAACAGUAGGAUUGUUGACUUGUCUGCUUAGCAAAUUACAGCUAACAGCAAUGUCAGGUCUUGAACAUCUGGCAAUGAAGUUUAGUUUGCCUAGCACACUUCUGUACAGUGUAGUGUCAGAAAAUGCUCCUUCAGUGUCAUCUAUCUAAUAACCUGUUGUCAUCGGUGUGUCUACAGGGUUAGCAUCCAUCAGGUUUAGUCUGCUUAACACAUCAGCAAUUUUCCGUGACUGGUGUACUAGAAUGUUACCAUCCGGAUCUCUCUCUAUUUCCACAGAUAGGUAGUUGGUUACCUCACCAAGAUCUUUCAUGUCAAAGUGCUCUUUCAGUUGAGCUAGGGCAUUAUUGUACAUUUUAACAUCUUCCCAAAAGAAAAGUAUAUCAUCAACAUAAAAUAAACAAUACAGCUUCUUUUGCCCUUCCUCUUUGACAAAUACACAUGGAUCAGCUUUCCCUUGCUGAAAACCUAGAGAAAACAAUACUUCUGUGAGUUUAGUAUGCCAACAUCGUGCACUCUGUUUGAGACCAUAAAGUGAUUUCUUCAGAGAACAAACAAAUCCCUGUUUUACCUGUACGCCAUCAGGUGGAAGCAUAUAAAGUGAUUCACCUAGAGAUCCGUACAAAAAUGCUGUAUUCACGUCGUGGUGAGAAAUGUGAAGAUUCUCUUCUGCAGCAAGCUUGAGCAUAAGCCUAAUGCUCUCAUACCUCACGGUGGGUGAGUAGGUCUCGUGAUAGUCUUCUCCUGGUACCUGUGAAAAACCUCUGGAGCCUUGGAAAUGCCUCUGAUUUCUGCUUGAGAUUGAACACAUAAAUAUACCUGGAAAAUGAGUCAAUGAGAACCAUGAAGUACCUGUUUCCACCCAAAGAGGGCAAUAGUGGACCAACUAAAUCAGCAUGCAUUACCUGGUAUGGUUCUGUAGCUUGCCUACUAGACAUCUUACCUUUUGCAGCCAUUUUUACCUUGUUUGCUGCGCAUGCCUUACACUUCAUGUGGUACCUGCAGGGUUUAAUAGUCAUACCUUCAACCAAGGCAGGCAUUUUGGAAAAUGCCUCAAAGUGUAAAUGACCAAAUUUUCUGUGAAAAUCAUGAAUACAUCCUGCAUGCAAACUUUUGUUAGAACCUGCAAUGCAACAAGUUUCAUCCUGCACAACAUCAUCAAAAUACAGUACAAACAAACGAUCAACAUAUUCAGCAAGCAAUACAUAAUCGUUUUUCUUUGUGAUGGUGCACUUCUUGUUCUUGAAGGAAACGUCAAUGUUCCGUUCAUUCAGCUGCGCGACGCUGAGUAGAUUGUGUGCAGCAUCUGGAACGUAGAGAACGUCAUGUAUCGACAAGUCCAAACUGUGAAGAACAACAGUUACAUAGCCUUGACUGGAGAUCGUGUGGUCAUCCACCUGGUGAAUCGCACCUUCCUGCGGUGUAAAAGACACAAACAGUCUUUUGUUGUUGCAAAUGUGUCUCGUGGCUCCUGAAUCAACAACGAAGAAUGAUCUAGACGUCUUCUGGACCUUUACAACCUUUGGAGUGAAGCGUGAGACCAUCGCUUUGUGCUGCGUUGUCCUGGACACCGGACCUUUGCCUUUGCCUUUUCCAUGCAUUGAGCUUUCGCUACGCUGCUCUGUCUUGGCCUUGUUGGGAUACUUGCAUUCCCUUUUCAUGUGGCCUAGACGUCCACACGAGUAGCAUUUCACUGCCUUCAAAGCUUUGGCGCCAUCUAGUGGUUCCACUGCAUUCUGGGAUGACGUCUGUGAAGACUCUCCCUUACCGAUGCAGCUAGCACUACGGUGGUCUGCUUCGUUCUGAACAACAGCAGUAACAUGCACUACCAUGAGCUGAGCAGUUGGCAAAACAGCAGUCUGAGUGGCAAUGGAUUCCCAACUUGAACCCAAAGAAUUUAGUAUCAUGAAGGAAUACACAGCCUCUGGAAAGGUGAUUCCUCUCUGUUGCAGCUCAUGUCUCAGAUUCUGCAUCUCCAUGCACAUCUGCACCUCCAGCAAGUGCCAUAUCAUGCAACUUGGCAUAGUAGAACAAAGAAGCACCAGCCUCUGUUCUCAAAUGAGCGUCUCUUAAAGUGUCCCAGAUCUCUUUGGCUGAGGUCUUAUCACGCAAAAGACAUAGCUCUUCUGGGGAUACAAACAGCGUAAGAGUUCCCCUCGCUUUGGAAUCCUUAGCUGCCCAUUCAUCCGACACCGGUGCUGGGGGGGCAUCUGUAAUAACAUUGAACAGACCCUCUUUUCAUAGCAGAGCCUCUGCAUACAACACCCAUUCCGCGAAAUUCUUUUUAUUGAGCUUUGGAAUUCCAAAAGUGUCUGCUAGCCUUGCAUUAGCCAUCUCUGCUGCUUUAAAGCAAGCUGCGUCUGUGUACAGCUGCUUCCAAAAGCACUUUCGUUUUCAAGCCUCUGCCGAGCCUCUGCCGCAGCAAACGGCUGCUUUGGCUUAAAAGUUUAAAGUCCAGCCUUAAAGCCAUUAAUUAGGAACUGCAGGCUUCCUGUAGCAAGAGCACAUACCUCUCAUCAAUCUUCUUCACACGGAGAGCAGAUAUCUCCGUUCCGUUCCUCUGCCGGUCGCCAUUCGUCAUUCCGAUUCCGACUUCUGGGCCUGGAACCAAAAAUGUUAUGCUUGAUCAGCUCCGGCCCAUCUGGAGCUGAUACAGCAGAGUGUAAUCUCUUAGUCCACAACGAAAGGAUAAGCAGGUAUUGCGCUACAUGCUAAUUUUUAUUUCUAUACCGAGAACACACAAACGUACAUCUUGCCUCUGUGAGAGCAGAGAGCAACUCUCAACAAAGAAACGACAGAACAAAGAAACAGGAAACCAGUGUACGUCACAUCCAGUCUCCCUUUUCCGUGGGAAUCCAACAGUAACUUGAACUGUGGAAUGUAAACACUGUCUUGUGACAUGCAUUUGCUGCUCAGUGAGGGAAAUAGAAACCAACAGUUCUGGUGUCUGCAUGUAAAUUUGUACCCAUGUAUUCAAGUAAUGAAGGUGAUGUUUCACAAUAGUAAAUGCAAUAUCAUAUGUCAUGAACUGUUUGCAGUUUGCUGAGAGCGUGAACCUGCAAUGCUGGUGGUCAGUGUUGAUGCUCUUUGAGUCGGCUGAAGUUCGGUCUUUGGUAGAGAGAGUUGGAAAUGUUGGUGUUUUGGGGUUGCUAAUAGAGCAUUGUGGAAAUUACAGGGUGAAAGUUGUGAUGCUUUGGAAGCAGGGUUCGUUAAAUUAGUAGUAUACGAACAACCGUAUAACACCUGUUGUUGUAAUUAUACUAAAUGAACAAAUAAGACACAGAGUGAGGCCAUCUUCUUAUGUGCAUAAACCCCUUUUGUAGUUUUUAUAAUAGAUACACUAAUUGUGUUACAACCCUUCCUCUUCCUUGGUUCUCUGAUGGGCACAAUGUUCAGAUAAAAAAAUUAAUUCCAGUGGCAGCAGGAAUAGAGGAAUGAAGAAAGCACGGUUCCUCGGGUGUCCAGAGGGGGUGUGAAAGAGAC